AAAGAAGAAGAAGAAGAAGCAGAAAAAAACCCACCUGAGCCUUACUUCCUACUGUUUGCUUUCUCUUCACAAGUUUUUGAGAAAUGUGCAAGAAGUUGAAGCUUUUCAUUAGAAAGAUACAACCUUGCUGCUUAUUCACUGGACUCUCCAAGAGGGUUGAAGAUUGUGGUGAGUUUGAGGAAGAGGGUAAUGGUGCAACAACGGUUCCCAGUGAUGUUAAAGAAGGGCAUGUGGCAGUGAUUGCCGUUAAAGGAGAGAGAGCAAUGAGGUUUGUUUUGGAGCUUCAAGAGUUGUACAAACCUGAGUUCAGAAGACUGCUUGAACAGGCGAGAGAGGAGUUUGGGUUUCAACCAAGAGGACCUCUCACCAUUCCCUGCCAGCCGGAAGAAGUACAGAAGAUUCUACAAGAAAGUAGGAAGGGAUAGUCUUUGAUUUCGUUAUUUGUAAAGGAAUCAUUAGUUGAUUUGAGAUUCUUUUCUUACAAGAAUUUAACUAUUCUUACUGUUUC